AUGGCUCAGGCCGGCGUCAUACCGUCCGAGCCAUCGCAACCACUUCACACACCAACGGCAGUAUCCGGUCCCCAGGGGUUCUUUCGAAAGCUCUUUGGCAGGCAGAAUGGGAGCGGAGCUCUGUCAAAACCUGUAGAGCAACCCAAAGAUAUUCAGCAUGAAGACGAAUCAACUGACACCAAUAAGGGCGGGCUGAUCAGUCGAAUGUCUCGAAGGGUUGUGCCAGGAUUACCUCGAUCGCAGACGUUUAAACGACAAAUAUCAGAAAGAAGGACUAAUUUAUCACCGGUCCAACCAACACCAGACGAAAGACGAGCCGUGUCUAUGGACAGGCGCUCUAAUAGAGCACGGAGUUCAUCAGCCCAACCCGCAAUCAACCCCCGUCUUAGCGCCCCGAGUUUUCUUGCUUCCCCCCUGGAAGAAACCCCACGAUUUGUUCCUUCAAUAUCCGUCAAUAACGUGGCAGAUGUAUCUUCCCAAGACUCAACCACAGAGUCUUUGCACCGGGAUGACGAUGUUACACUUGCCGACGACUGUCCAGUACAGGACAGCCUCUCUACUGCAGAUACUCAUUCCAUAUCAGCAUCGCAGUAUGAAGCCCUCAUCCAUGAGGAGCUCGAAAAGACUUGGAUCUUGAAUCUCAGCAUGCACUUCCGUGAUCGAUCAAGGCGGGAGAAGUUCUUUGUCACGUAUCGUGAACGUGAUCAUCUUUGGCGGCGUGUAACAAUCUCUCUGGAUUACCGAGAUGCACCCCCAAAUUCAUUGGAGAUGGAUCUAAUCCACACGCACUUCCAACGAGAGAAAAGCGCAAAGAUUUACGAGGCCAUCCGGGAAAGCUUGCGAGAUAUUCAGUUUUACGACACUGAAAUCAUCCAAUACCCAACUGUUGCUCAGAUCAAGCACCUAGGAUGCCGUCGCAUUCGAGAGAGGGAUAUUGUAUUUGAAUCACACAUGUCUGGAUUUGUCUACAAAGUCAAUGUUAAUGGCCACACACUCAUUAAGAAGGAAAUCCCAAGCCCUGACACUAUAGACGAGUUUCUUUAUGAGAUCAACGCCCUUAACGCAUUACGAUUUUCACGCAAUGUCAUUCACUUUUACGGUGUUGUGGUGGACGAUGAUGAUCAACACGUGAAGGGACUCCUUAUCAACUAUGCAGACCAAGGAGCUCUGAUCGAUGUUAUAUACGAGCAUUGCAAAGAUGGCGAUUAUGGUCUGCCGUGGAAGACAAGAGAGAGAUGGGCGCGACAAAUCGUGGAGGGAUUAUCUGACAUCCAUGAAUCCGGAUUUGUACAGGGCGACUUUACCUUGUCAAACAUCGUUAUAGAUGGAUAUGGCGAUGCUAAAAUCAUUGACAUCAACCGAAGAGGGUGCCCAGUAGGAUGGGAGCCUCCGGAAGCGACACCGCUUAUCGAGAGCAGCCAGCGCAUUACGAUGUACAUUGGCGUCAAAUCGGAUCUUUACCAGCUAGGUAUGGUUCUGUGGGCUCUGGCACUGCAAGAAGACGAGCCGGAAGCCCAGGGUCGAACCUUGAUACUCGGUCCCGAAGUGAACAUUCCGGAUUGGUAUCGACAGAUGGCCGAAGUCUGCAUGAGCGAUGACCCGCGCAUGCGACUUCAGGCACCUGCCUUACUGGAA